UUUUGGUGCUACUGUCUCCGAAGAGAAGGUGGACGGCGAAGGGACCUAGACUGGACCAGCGUCUAAGCCGACUCCUUACUCUGGCCUCUUUGGACAGACCUCUUUCACCAUCUUCAUCGACAGAGUUUUCAUCAACACAAUCCUCUUCACCUUCGGUUUCCAGGAACAACGCACGCCUGGCCCCGCCAGCCAACUUUCAACCAUUAUCGGCAAAACACUGCAAUGCAUACUCUAACUGAUAUCAAGCAUCAUCAGCAAAACACCACGGGUCUCAAAACAACAUGCACAUCCCGCGCUAUUCUCCAGCUCCUUGAGCCUAUACUUAUACAUCUGGCACCUAUCCGUCUUCCUCCCCAACGUUUUCGGGGCUACAUUUCCAGGGCUGACAGAGAGACGGGCUUAUUGCCAGAUGGAGGCACGGAUCACCAACACGAAACAGGGACGCGACACGAAUAUGUCAUGCGAUCUAUCAGAGUCCGAGAACUGGUUCUGGGAAGGCAGGAGGAACGACGCGAGGAAAGACGCCGAAGAGAAGAAUCCCUUCGGUCCCAGCUAAGACAAACCCAAGAAUUUUUUUCCGACCUACGACUCCAUGGCGAAAUGCCCGAAGAGCAAAGAAAUGGAUCCAAGAUCUUCCCCAGUCACUCCUUUUCCCAAAGCCAAACCGCACCACAGCAGCUCCACGCCUCCAGCUUUGAGCCUCGCUCCCAUCCACCCUCCCUCGCGACGCUAUUCAGAGGGCGCCGUUGAGUGUUACCGUUUGUCAAGCAAGCCUCGUGCCUGCAGGCUACUCCCAUCCGACUCCCAGCUUUCCAAGUGUUUCCUCCUACCGCCCGAAG